GAGAAUUUAUGUAAAUUUUACAAUCUCACAGAUUGAUGAGUUUGAAAGUAACUUCUUAAUGUGUUACCUUAUCUACAAAAUUUCCAAUGAUCUUACCUCCAAUAUUUAGUACAAAAACAGCAUUUACCACUCCGAAAGUGUUUUCCUCAAAUUCGUACCAAUCUGUGGCUCAAAAAUCGCUCAUCUUCGCGCUUUUCGCACAUCAUACGUGUUCAUCAUUUCUUGCGGUCACCCUGCUCCGAUUACAAGUUUUGCGGUUUCGAGUGAAUGAAGCUUUACUAGCAGACGCCAAUAAAUUGUCCCCUAACCUUUACAAAAUGCAUUUUUGAUAUAGUUACAGAAUUCAUUGUUACUAUUCAGAAUGAAACUUAGUGGCAACCCACGGAUUCUAUAUAUUAAUAAAUGGGAUAAAUGUAUUUCCUAUGUUUGGUAUUGCAGAAAUGCUUUUUCUAGUAGUACACAACCAAAACUAAAGGACAACAAUUUUUUUUGCAGAGAAAAAUGGAAUUCUGUAGUUGGUCUGGAAAUCCAUGCUCAAAUAGCAUCUAAGUCAAAAUUAUUUUCUGGAGCGGAUACUAGUUUUGCAAAACCAGUUAAUACUUGUGUAUCAUUUUUUGAUUGUGCUACUCCAGGAACACUGCCUGUACUGAAUAAAAGAUGUGUGGAAGCUGCUGUAUCAACGUCAUUAGCUUUGUCCUGCAAAUUGAAUGAAGUUUCAUUAUUUGAUAGAAAACAUUAUUUCUAUGCUGAUUUACCAGCAGGAUAUCAGAUCACGCAACAAAGGCAACCAUUAGCUGUUGAUGGAGAACUUAAGUUUCGUGUAUUUACCCCAGGUGUACAUAAGAAAGCAUAUGUUAAAUUGUCAAAAAUCAAACAAAUACAGUUGGAGCAAGAUAGUGGAAAAAGUUUGCACGAUGAACUAGAAAGGAGGAGUUUAGUUGACUUGAACCGUGCUGGAAUACCAUUGAUGGAAUUCGUAUUUGAGCCAGAUUUGACCGAUGGUGAAGAGGCUGCUGCCUUGGUUAAAGAAUUGUCAAUUAUUUUAGAAAGAUUAGGAACUUGUUCCUGCAAAAUGGAAGAGGGUGCUAUUCGAGUAGACGCAAAUAUUUCCGUGAAUAAACCAGGUAAACCAUUGGGAAUUAGAACAGAAAUAAAAAAUAUCGGUAGCGUGCGUAAUGUAGCCACCGCCGUACGGUACGAAAUUGAACGACAAAUUUUAGAAUUGGAAGCUGGUGGUGUAAUCGUUAAUGAAACGCGAGCAUGGAACGAUGAGAAAGGCAUGACAGUUCCAAUGCGUGAUAAAGAAGAGAAACAGGAUUACCGUUUUAUGCCUGAACCCAAUUUACCGCCAUUACAUCUGCAUAUGGACGAGAGCAUAGAAAAUAAAUAUGAUUUGGUAAACGUCCCGCUUUUAAAGUCCCAACUUCCUGAAUUACCGGAAGCCAUACGUGUUAAAUUACAAGAAAACUUUGGGCUAUCAUCUGAAACAGCGAUUAUAAUAGUGAAUGAGCUUGUACUGUUACAAUAUUUUAUCAAUAUUAUGAAGGAAAACAACAAACGUUCUGCGAAACGGGUUACAAAUAUAUUGAUCACAGAUUUACUGACAAGCUUGAACAACAAAAAUAUACAAUUAAACUCGUGUCUUAUACCGUAUCAACAUAUUGGAGAAGUUGUUGAUCUUUUGGAAAACAGAAACAUUAAUAUAACAGUAGCAAGGCAGAUACUGGAUAUUUUAAUAGACGACUCUGAGAGCAGCCCACGACAGAUCGUCGAGAGAAAUGAGUGGUUCCAAAUAACUGACGAAACAGAACUGAUCAAGCUUUGUCAAAGUGUAAUUGACGACAAUCCAGAAUUGGUAAAGAAAUAUAAAAAUGGAAAGAAAAAGUUACUCAAGGCAUUCUUAGGCCAAGUAGCUUCACGAUCCGAGCGUCGUGCCGACAUGGAACAAGUUACUAAAAUAAUGGAACGAUUGCUGAGUACUUAAAUUUCAUUCUCAGCCACCGCAUUGUUCCCAGGUAACAUACGAAAUAAUGUAUAACAAGUGUUUGAAACAUCUCAUAUUCAUGUAUAUUUAAAUAAUGCCAGAAGUUAAAAACGUCAGAGAUCUAUAAAACACAUGUCCAAAUUUUAAUUGUAUUAUCGCUUUAUGAUUAUAGUCACAAGUACAAAAUCAAGUAGGAAAUAAAUAUUUGUGGUACAAUGAA